AUGACUCAACUCCGCUUCGUCACCCUCGACGUGUUCACGCUGAAGGCAUACGGCGGCAACCCGCUCGCCGUCGUCUUCCUUCCCGAAGACUCCGCCGCGGCCCUGACCCAACGCCAAAAACACAUCAUCACCAAGGAAUUUAAUCUCUCCGAGACCAUCUUCGUGCACCCGGCGCAAGACGCCUCCAAGCGCACCAUCGACAUCUUCACCAUCGAGUGCGAGAUCCCCUUCGCGGGCCACCCGACCAUCGGCGCCGCCUCAUGGUUCCUCUGCCACGACCCGGCCGUCGCCGCGGGCAGUGCAGUCACUUCUCUCGUGACGAAAUCGGGCGAGAUUCCAAUUUCCAUCGCAGACACUGCGACGCAGGCUGUUGCGGCGCGCAUUGCGCAUAAUACGCGCAUCCACGCCUCACGGUUGCCCGUCAAGGACUUGCUCUACUACCACCCGAACAUGGAGUCGUACUUCAAGCCGGAUGUGUCAUUCCCCUUGUUCUCGAUUGUCAAUGGCAUGAGCCAGACCUUCAUUGAGCUGCCGUCGCUGGAGGCAUUGGCGGCCGUCACGACGUCGACGGGUGGCGAGCUCGUUCCCGUGCAGAACGGCGACUAUCUCGACGAGGGGUGGAAGAACGGGCUGAUUUGCGUCUAUUUCUUUGUGCGUGAUGUCGACGACAGCGUCACCCAGCAAAAGGUCAUCCGGACACGCAUGAUGCUGGGCUCGCUGGAAGACCCGGCCACCGGCAGCUCGGCCAGCGGACUGGCGGCGUACCUGACGCUGACAGAGGGCCAAGCCGGACAGGCCCAUAGUUACCAUGUGGUGCAGGGGGUGGAGAUGGGGCGGCGCAGCGAUAUUGGCGUCAAGGUCAGCCUGGACAGUCAGAGGAAGAUUGAGGAGGUGGUCUUGACCGGCGCGGCGGUGCAGGUGUCGGAGGGUAAGAUCACGGCGCCUGAGUCAGUGUAA